CGCAAGCAAACAUUCUUACGUUCAUAGACCGAUACAUUCAUUUUGAUGCCAAACUUUGUUGACAAGUUUCAUUGACUUGUUAAAGAGAAUUUCACGCUAUAAUCUCAUAUGUUCUACAAAUCAAUCGUAUCUUUCACACACACACACACACACACACACCACACACACACACACGAACGGACGGACGGACGGACGUACACUCCACCAGUCCGACCACACACGCCUCGCCUGAUGCCAGGGUCGCAGUCCACAGAGAGGCCGGGCGCGGCAGACGAAGAGGGCGCCUCCUUCGUGCUUCCUGAAGUAUCUUAUGCGACAGUUUUCGUAAGGUGUUUCGGGAGUGAAUCCCUGUUAUAAACCUGUUAGUGAAAGUACUGAGUACCAUUUACAUGUAGUGACAAGUGUUUUCGAACAGCAAGUUAUGGUUUUUAGUAUCGUGACUUUGUGGUACUGAAAAGACAUUUUGUGGACUUUCAGAAAAGAAGAAUAUUUACUUGACAGUGAACCAAUGAGGUGACAAAAAUGGGGACAUUCCAGAAGUUCUGCCUCAGGUGGAACAAUCACACAACAAAUCUUCUUGGAACUCUUGGCCACAUUCUUGCUUCUGAACAACACUCAGAUGUCACAUUAUGCUGUCAAGGUGAAGUUUGGCGGCUACACAAACUGGUAUUGUGUGCAUCCAGCAGUCAUUUUGAGAAGUUACUUGGUGCACUUCCUCCUGGCAACUCUCCAAUAGUUGUAUUGGAUGGUCCUCAUCCUCAAGAUGUUGCUUCUUUAAUCCACUUCAUUUAUCAUGGGGAAGUAAAUGUUGAUCAAGAAAACCUUGCAUCCCUUCUCAGAACAGCUGAAAGCCUCAAGAUUAAAGGUCUAGCAGAAGUUUCAUCAGUAACCAGUGGUGGUGAUCACAAAAGUCAUAGUGAAGAUGAGUGUCUAAGGCAACACAACAGAGGCAGAUCAAGGGUUGACAACUGCCAUUCUACUCCAAUAUACAGUCUUUGUGGUGAAUAUUCAACAGGAAUGUAUGGCUUUAUUCCACAGCCUCUAUCUCCUCAUAACCAAGUAGCUGAUCCCUUAGAACGAGAUCCAUCUCCUCUAAAUCUUUCCUUCAAUGGUACUUUAAAAAAUAUUCACGAUGAAACUCCUCAGGAGAGACAAGAGAGACGAAAUCGACUUGAUGACCUUCUGUAUGCUGCUACUGAGCGUAGCAAAAAGGAAGAGAGAAGAGAGGCUCGUCGGGAGGCACGUGAGGCAGCUCUUCGUGAGGCUGCAGCAGUUCGGGAGUCCUCAGUUAUUCUUUCAAAUGACCAGGCUGUCAUUCCUCCUGCAAAGCGUGCCAGGAUGGGUGAUAUUCCUCGACCCUCAAGUCAUCCUGCCCAUCCAGCUUUCCACAUUCCUUUGGUAAAUUUGACUAUUCCUUCCAGUGCUUCAGCAUCAGUCAUUGCAACUCAGAAUCUUUCUACUCAAACCUCCUGUCCUCCACAAAAUUCUCCUCAUGAAAAUGCAUCUGUAGUUGUCCAAAAUACAAAUAUCCAACUGGAACAACUUGAAAGACAAGAUACUGAGGAAACUUUGGAAAAAUCUCCAUGUAAAAGUGAAAAAGCUGAAGAACCUAGUGACAUAAAUACCAUUGAGGAAACUGCUCUGAACAGUGAUGAGAGUGAUACUCAAAGUGCCCCUGAGACUCCCAGUGAGGCUGCUACUGUCUCAGUUCCCCAAGUUGCAGCUCCCUCGACCACUACAACUGCUACACAAGUGUGUACCUCCUAUGGGGUUGAUGGUGUAAGCCAGACAUCAUCUAUAUCCAUAGCUGUCUCAAAUACCCACCUCAGUUCCACAAACAGUACUGUUAAUACUCCUCCAUCAGAGCAAAAUGAGGAGAAGGUUACACCAUAUUAUCACAGUAUCUUGCAGCAGGUUGCAGAAGGAAAUGCAAGUGGAGAAACUGUAUCUUCAAAUGCUCAGAGAGUCACCAUCAACAUGAGAACAUUUAAGGAGGAAUGGAGAAGGCAGCUGCUAGUUGACUAUGACACACGAACUAACAUGAGCAUUUGCAUGCUUUGUUUCACCACCUUCAAGUCUUAUGAUGGACCCAGGAAAAAUACUUAUGUUAAACAUGCUAAGCGUUUCCAUCCAUCUUUAGAAGAAUAUUCUGAACAAGAACGGGACCUCAUCAUCAAUAUGUAUGAAAAGUACCACAAGUAUGAUGUAGAUAUGCAAAAAGAGGUGAACAAGUCUUACAGAGCUGCAAAUGCCAUAGUAGCCUUGGGUAAGAAGGGAGCCAAGCAUUCUGAUACAAGCACUGAAGCAGCAUGUGCCAAUGACCUUAACCUCAAGAUUACAGCUGAGGGAGAUGGGCAUGAUGAAAGUAAAGAAACUUCUGAAGCAUCAAGUCAAAAAGAAGAAGAAUCCUUAUGUGUCUCAGGAAAAAGCCGAUCACACACUCCUGAAAGUGAUGUCAGUCUUGAAGCAAGUGAAAGGAAUCCAGAAAAAUUUGAAAGUGAAGAUAGCAGGGAAAAUGCAAAGAAUAAUAAUAUUUCCACUGCACAGCUGCAAAAAAGGAGUUCAGUGAGUAUGAGAAGUAAAACAGCCACAUCAGCCACAACAGUUACUGUGUGAGUUAAUUAUUUUGUGUUAAUCCUUGUAUUAUUUUACAGUAACCUUUGUAGCUUUAGCAUGUUUUAGGUAACAGCCAAGAACUUCAAUGUGAUAUAAAUGCUGACUGAGAGAAAGUGUCUUUAUUUUAUUUAUUUUUCUUAUUCCAACCUUGUUAUCUUUAUGUUAAAGAAUUUAAGAAAAGUCUACAGUUAUUAACUGUAGCUUUUGUGAUGAAUUAGAAUAUGUAUUUUAAAGAAAGAAGCUUUAUGCUCAAUAUGCAGUCAUAGUUGAUGCUUACCUUGCGAGAAAUUAAUGUACCUAUUUACUCAAAUAUAAAAUUAUUAAUAUUCAGUAUGGAAAAAAGCUUUUACUAAGUUGUCAUGUAUAAUAUAAUAAUGUCAUAUGCAAAUUGAUUAUGUUUACUUUGAAUAAGGAAAUUAUAGUAAUGUUUUGCUUUGGUUAUUUGUUGCAUCUGAUUAUACACAUGGCAGUUACUAUGAAAAAAAAAAAAUCAUACUCAUUUAUUUAAUGGUACCUUAAAGUUUGCAUAAAUGUAUUGGAAUGUUCUUGAGUACAAAGCAGAUUUCUUUUGUAGAUACUAUUUUAUACACAACAUAGGUAUUUCUAUAUACAAAUUAAGUUGAAACUUCAUUCUCCAUUUUGACAUCAGUGACAUGUUGCUUAAUUAUCUUGCCACCAAAUCAAGGUUGCAUUGAAGAUGCUAUUUUUUCUAAUAGGGAUUGACCACCAGCUGGUUGCAGUACAAUAUUUUAAUACUGUCAAAAUUUUUUUUCAUGAUUUGGCUAGGUUACUGUAAUAACCUAGAUAAACCUGACCUUAUACUUUGUUAUUAAUAUCUACAGCUACCUGCACUUAAAAUAUGCAUUUUUGAAGAAAAUAUAUAUUGGUGUUACUAAUUUUUGUGUAAAAUAUGUGGGAUUUAGAAUAUUGAAAAUAAUGACUAUGACAUGAUAAGGGCUAAGUGUUAAGUGCAUGGACACCCGCUAAACAAAUUAUAUCAUUAAAACUUGUAACCAGUGCAGCAAAUAUAGCCAUAUCAUUGUUGAAUUAUAAAUAUUAACCAUGUUGAAAGAACAAGUAGCAUCUUAAGUGUCUCCUAACUUUUCAAAGUUAUUUAUAUUUUAAUUUUUUUUUUAUUAUACAAAGUGAAAAUAAUGUUUUCAUGGUCACAUUUCCAUUAAUAUCCAGAUGAAAAGAAAUCAUAAUUAUGAAUUUUCAUCUAAUGGGAAAAACCUGUGAAACUGUAGUUUAAUACUUUCUGUAAUUUGGUAGAAAACUUGUGAUUUAGUAAUUUUUUUAAAAUAAUGAAAUACCAUAUGAAGCCUGCCACAACUUGCUGGAUUAGCCAUGCGUCAUAGGAUUUAGAUGAUAAAAGUUUGUGCCAUGUCGUAGAUACAUUAUAUUGCCUGAAAAUGGCCAUAUCAAUACUUGACCACCAUAUCAACCUAUGCAGGCACCCAUUGUGUGCAGGUGUAGGUAAAUUAGCUGUGAGGUUACGUUAAAUAAUUCCACUGUUAUGGAACUAGUUUAAUGGUUCUGUCAAAUCAUGUCUUUGUUUUAUAAUUACAGAGUUGUCUUUCACUAACUUCUGAGAAUAUAUAUAAUGCUGUAUAUUUUUUUGCUUGCAAAUUUAGUAUUCCAGAAUAUAAUAUAGGUUACUUCAUGCACAUAAUCUGUGGCCAAAAGUUGAAUUUACUUAAGUGUGCCAAAUAUGAGAUAAGUUUACUUGUGUUAAUAGUUACAAUAGAAGUUAAGCAAAUUUAAAAAAAAUAUUUCUGUUAACAUUGCCAAGUAAUUUAUUAAUAAUUCAUUGUACUAUCAUCAUUGAACAUAGUACCAUUUCAUGGCAUCAUAUCACUACACAUUCUUUUCCUUUCUUCUACAAGUAAUGACAGUUAUUAAAAGAGAGAUAGCAUGCAUAUGCCAAAACACUGCACACACAACUUUUAAAGCUCCUCCUUUAUAAAAUAUAUGUAAAUUUAGGUAUUUUUUCUUCAUAGGGUGAAUUUUAGAAUGGAGUUAGAACAUAUCCAUGUAUAUCAGGCUGAUAUCUUCCUUGAACAGGAGUAUCUGAGACAUGUGUACAUAUUCAUUUAAUUUCUUUUAUAUCUCUCCCUCUAGGUCUCAAGGGAUUACAGAACUUAUCCUUUUCCUAACAUACUCUCUGAAGGUCAUAAGUUAGGUCAUAUGUAACACAGCUGAAAUAAAAAAAUUUUGUGGUUUAAUUUCAUAUACAUUGUAUGCAUUUUUUAAAUUAUGUCAUCAUGGAUUUAAUAUGAAUAAUAGUAACAUACUGGAAGAAUUCCUUACCUGAUCAGAUCAACAUAGCUGUCGACAAUUUACAUGUGCUUUUCUUUUGUAUCUCAUGUACUUACAUCAGUACAUCAGUACAAGUUAAAGUGGAGAAUAGUUAGAAUUAUGACUCAAUAUUGAAAUAUAGAAUGGGGAUAUAGUUGCAAUUUUAAGAUGUUUUGUUGUUUAUUUACCUCACAUUGAAUACUGAACAGCAUGGGAUACAAAUAAAGAAUCAAAGGGUAUAUUACUUAAGAACUGCUAAUCACAUAUCAACACUGGGAAGAAUGAUAUACUUUUGGAGAGAUUUCCCAAUAUAUACUGUGCAUAUCAGUUUACAGUGAGGUAUAACUAUUUAUCACUGCUCUUCUUCAUAUCACCUCUGCUGGAUCCAAAGUACUGAAAAUAUUUCUGCCAGCCAAACUUUCCAAUGGAUAAUCCUUUAUAUUGAUACAUUUCACAAAAUCCACAUUCUGAUAGUUAUUAGGACAUUCAGCAAUAUUUUUAAAUAUUGCUGAAUUGUUGCUGAGAAUAGAAAAUUUUCCUGCCAUGCUGUCAUUCAUGGUAAUAUAGGCCACAGUGUUCUUAUUACAUAGUUAAAGAAAUAGAAAAAUUUACUCAUUAGUAUAAUACUGAGAAAGUUCUGCAAAUGUUAUGAUAGUAGGCAUUUACGUAAAUUUAAUAUUGCUUAAAAUGCUUUUUAUAUCCAUUAUAAUCUUGCAGUAAAUCUCAUUAUAGGAUUGAAAUAAUAACAAUGUGUCUACAUAGCAAAAAGUGUUCAAGCUAUGCAUGUCUUUAAGUAGCUGUAAUGUUCAGUAUGUGUGUCUCAUGUUAAAUUUUAUAUCAACUUCACAUAAAGCUUCCAGUUAUGAGUGAUACAUGUCAUGUAUGUAUUUCUAAGGCAAUCAUAAAGUUGAAGUGACUAUAAACAAAACAGCAUUAGUGAUACAUGUCAUGUAUUUAUUUCUAAAGCAAUUAUAAAGCCAAAGUGGCCAUAAGGGAAGAAGCAUUAAUUUGGUUAUUUUUACUAAAGUUGGACUAACAAAACAUGUAUGCAGGUAAAUAUUUUUUAUCACACAUGUUCACUCCAUCAUGUGGAGCUUAAGCAUGCAAUGAGGCAGUGGCAACUAACAUUUUUCAUUGUGCCUGGUAUUCUCAAAGUUGUAUGAGAAAAUUAUUUUAAUGGAAAUUGAAUUUUUAUAGCAAAAAAUAUACCGUUUUUUUAAUAAUAAAUUAAAAAAUCUUGCUAAGGAACCAAAUUUUAGAUAUGUUUACUCAAUUAUUCUCAACUUUGAUAGUUUGAUGGAACAGUUUGCGAGUGCACCACUAUCCUUUUAUUGGGUAAACAUAUUAAAGAAUAAACAGUUAUCUCUAACCAGUUUAGGAAUGCUGUAACAGUUUUUGUUCUGGCAAAAAUGCAUGAAGUGUGUGAUGAAUGAUUCCAUUGGCAGCACUCAGUGGAUUAAUAAAACUCAGUUUUAAAACUUGAGAAAUGUGAAAUUAAAGCCUUUUCUACUCAUCUUUAUAGCCAAAAAAAAUUAUGAUCAUCAUUAUAUUCCUAGUCACUGUGGUCUAUGCAUUGUUUCUUUCUAAUGUUAAAACAGAUAUUGCAUUGUAAAGUAUAGAAGUAUGAGAAAAAUGUCUUACCCAAUGGUAGCUGGGCCAAACCUGAGACAUACUGGGGCAGGCACAGGACCUUAUGUUCAGUAUGCAAAUGACCAUUGGUUUGUUUGCAUGGUCAUGCACUGUGUUUUCUUCUGAUUGUUAUUAUUUUCUAUGGUGCGAUAUUAAUAAUAAUAAUAAUAAUAAUAAUAAUAAUAAUAAUAAUAAUAAUAAUAAUAACAACAACAACAAAUAAUAUUAAUAAUAAUGAUGAUAUAAAAUUAGCACUAUUGACAUGCUGCAUUUGUGUCAUAUAUAAUGUUUACAAAUUAUUCUGGGAAGCAGGUUUGUAAGAGUUACCUGUAUUUCAUUUUACAUGGCAAUCCAGUACCUAAACCAAUUAUCAAUAACUUCACCUUGAGCUUCUAAAGCUGGGUUCACACAGGUUAAUUUUUAUGGAUUCUAUCUGUUUACUAUCCAGCAAUGAUGUCAGAAAAACAGAGUCUUCACUGAACUGAAGGGUUGACCACCAUCUAUCCAUAUCCAUUGUUUAUCAUCAUGGCUGCAUAGAGAAGAGACCUCCUUGACAAGGAAUUUGUAUUUCUUGUCAGCUUGCUGCUCACAGCUGACAAAGCCAGUGAGGCUAAUGAGGAGAACAGUGCAUUUAUUGGACACUAAAAAAAUAUAAGUAACUUUUACAUGCUAGUGAAUCCUUCAAGACACAGUGGGGGCAGUAGUGUCUGGCAUAUCAAUGCACAGUAUAGUGGAGAAGGUUAUACUAGUAUUUUCCAGUUGUCUGGUUGUCAGUUAUUAAUACACUGUCAUUACCAUAGCUGCUGAAUGAGGUAUGUGCAUGGCUGCAGUUUGCUGGGCUGAAACCAGUCCAGUCCAUCAAUGUGGUUGUGGUGUUGUCGCUUCUCUCACUGGGACUAUGGUCCUCCUCUUUUUCCAUGAACAUUGUAAAAAAAUGUAUAAUAUAGCAUUAUUACACUACAAAGAUGUAAUUCUAUAAUUUUUUAUUAUGUACUUGAAUAUCACACCCAGAACAUUAGAAAUAUUAGUACGUGCAACAUUGUGCCCAUCUCUCUGUACAUUGUUAAACUCAUUUCAUCUCUUCCACUCACUGGUGUCCCCUCAAGCAGAGGCAGAAACAGAGUCAGGUUCCCUCUACAGUUGCUUGAAUGGACAUGGUGGUGAUGUCAUUGUUGGAUGGUGUACAGAGACGUAAUUCAUAAAAACAGACCAAUGUGAACCUGGUCUUAGACACAGGAUGAUUUUUUAUUUGUGUUUAUGUGUGUGUGUGUGUGUGUGUGUGUGUGUGUGUGUGUGUGUGUGUGUGUGUGUGUGUGUGUGUGUGUGUGUGUGUGUGUGUGUGUGUAUUUACCUAGUUGUAUUUACCUAUUUGUAUUGUACAGGGCAUGAGCCAAAACUCAUUUUGUUCUGUCUCCAUAGCCAUAUUUAUCCAGUUUCUUUUUAAAAAUGUGCACUGUUUGCCACAACCACCUCUUCCUUCAGAUCAUUCCAGAUUUCAUUAGUUUAAUACGGGAAGCUGCAUUUCAUGAUGUUGCUCGAACAUCCACUCUUCUUUAUUUUCUUCCCAUGCCCCCUCAUCUGUCUCUCUCCCUCCUCCAUCUGUAGUACCAAGGCAUUUCUGUCUAUUCUUUCUAUAUUGUUUACUAAUUUGUACAUUGGUCUCCUCUUCCUCUUCUCUCUUGUAGUGUUGGUAAUCCCAUCUCUUUGAGUCUUUCUUCAUAGUUUAAGUCUUUCAAUUCUGGUACCAUUUUUGUCACUAUCCUCUGUAUUCUUUCCAGUUUUAAUAUGUUUUUUUUUUCUAUGUGGAGCCCAAACUACUGCUGUAUAUUCCAGUUCAGGUAAUAUCAUGCUUGUUAUAAUUUUUCCAUCAUUUCUUUAUCUAAAUAGUUUAAUGCCACCCUAAUAUUUUUUAACAAGCUGUGUGUGUGUGUGUGUGUGUGUGUGUGUGUGUGUGUGUGUGUGUGUGUGUGUGUGUAAUUACCUAGUUGUGUCAUGCAGGAAAGAAGCUAUGCUCUUACUGUCCCACCUCUGUAUCUCUUAUCAUCUAACUUGGCCUUGAAAUUAUGAAUAGUUUUUGCUUGCACCACAUCCUUGUUUAAACAGUUCCAUGUAUCAACUGCUCUUUGCAGAAAACUAUUUUUUUUAUAUCUCUUCUACAAAUUUCUUUUUUCAGCUUCUUUCUGUCAUCUAGUGUCUCUUGCAUCCUACAUCACAAUAUUGUUGUUUUCCAGUCCUUCCAUUAGUCUAUAUAUUGCAAUUAAGUCUCUACCUUCUUUGUUCCAGAGUUGGAAGGUUUAUUUUUUCUUGUCUCUUUUUGUAUGUCUCAUCAUUUAAUGCUGGGAUCAUCUUUGUUGUUGCUCUUUAUAUUCUCUCUAGUUUCCUGAUAUGUUUCUGUAUAUGUAUAUAUUAUUUGUGUAUGUGUGUGUGUGUGUGUGUGUGUGUGUGUGUGUGUGUGUGUGUGUGUGUGUGUGUGUGUGUGCGUGUGUGUGUGUGUGUAUUUACCUAGUUGUAAUUUACAGGGCCUGAGCUAUGCUCAUGUGGUCCCGUCUCCAUAUCUACACCUGUCCAACUUUUCCUUAAAGCUCUGCACACUCAUUGCUGAUACUACCUCCUCACUUAGCUUCUUCCACACUUCUGUAUUUCCCUGUGGGAAACUAUAUUUUUUUAUGUUACUUGAGCAUCUUCCUUUUCUUAGUUUUUGUUGUGCCCUUAUGUGAAUCUGGUAUUUCCUUCUUCUCCUUGCAGUAGUUUCUCACUAUCAGUUUCCUCCACUCCAUUCUGCAGUUUAUAUAUCAUUAAUAAAUCUCCCCUUUUUCUUCUUUGUUCCAAUGUUGGCAGAUUAAUUUCCUUUAACUUUUUUUCAUUUGUUCAUUCUUUCAGUUUUGGGACCAUCUUCAUUGCCAUCCUUUGUAUCCUUUCUAUUUUUUUUAUAUGUUUCUUCUUAUGGGGAGACCACACUGAUUCAGUAUAUUUCAACUUUGGUCUAAUCAUAGUGGUAAUUAUUUUUCUCAUCAUAUCUUUAUCUAUGUAGUGGAAUGCUGGCCCAAUAUUUCUCACAAUUUUAUGUGUAUCUCUGAAUAUCUUUUCAACAUGCUUCUCUGAUUGUUGACUAUCCUCUAUUAUCACUCCCAAAUCUUUCUCUUCUUAAACUUUUAUUAUUUCCUCAUUUCUCAUUUUAUAUGUCCAUUUUGGUCUCUUCACUUUUCCCAUUUCCAUUACAUGACAUUUUUCACAUUCAAUUCUGGUGCCAUUUUUGUCGCUAUCCUGUGUAUUCUUUCCAGUUUUCAUAUGUCUUUUUUUUUCUAUGUGGAGCCCAACCUACUGCUGUGUAUUCCAAUUUAGGAUGUAUCAUGCUUGUUAUAAUUUUCUUCAUAGUUUCUUUAUUUAGAUAGUUAAAUACCACAUUAAUGUUUGUUAACAAGCUGUAUGUAGAGCUGAAUAUCCCAUUUCUGUGUCUUUCAGGUGAUAGUGUGUCUUGAAUCAUUACUCCCAAAUAUUUUUCUUCAUUACUUUUCAUGAUUAUUUCUCCUCCCAUUUUGUACUUCCAUGAAAGUCUCUUUUUACUUUUCCCUAUUUCCAACAUGUGGCAUUUUCUGGUGUUAAAUUCUAAUUUCCAUCUUUGGCUCCAUGCAUGUAUCUUGUCAGUCAUUUUCAUCCUUUAUUAUUUUCAUUAUUUUUGCAUCAUCAGCAAACAGGUUUGUAUAACUAUUUAGAUCCUCUGUCAUAUCAUUUACAUAUAUUUUGUAAUAUAAUAGGUGCGAACACAAAUCCUUGCGGUACUCAACUUGUCACUCUGCGCCAGCUUGAAUUAGUAUCUGAUCACUGUUCUCAUUUCCCUCCCUUGUAAAUGAUCCUCCAUCCAUUUCAAUGUUGCUCCCUUUAGUCCUCCUCCAUUCUCUAGCUUCCACAUAAGGCUUUUGUGGGGAACUUUACCAAAUGCUUUUUUGAGAUCAUGGUAUACUGUAUCAAUCCAUCCAUCCCUCUCUUACACUCCAUCUAUGAGUAUUACUCUUGUAUAGAAGCUCAGUAGAUUUGUGACACAGGAUCUACCUUUCCUGAAACUGCUUUUCUGUAAUUAUCGUUUCAUCUUCUAGAUAUUCCACCCAUCUGUCUUUAAUUACUAUUCCACAAAGCUUGCUUACAAUACUUGUUAGUGACACUGGUCUAUAAUUUAAUGGUUCCAUUUUAUUUCCCCCUUUGUAUAUUGACAUUAUGUUAGCUUUUUUCCAUUCCCUUGGUACUUUUCCUUCUCUCAACAAGCUGUUAAUUAUAUACCACAUGGGUUCUAACAUUUGUUCUCUACAUUUUUUCAUUAUCCAUCUGUUUACCUGGUCUGGUCCCAUAGCUUUUUCUAACAUCCAACUCUUUCAGCAGUUUCUUGAUUUCUUGUCUCUUUACUUGUAUCUCUUGUAUUCUCCCAUUCUGUGAUACCACUUUCAGUGCCACAAGUUUAGUUUCCUUUGUAAACACAGAUUGAAAACUCAUUCAUUAGUUCACUCAUCUCCUCAGUAGUUUCAUAAAUUCUUCCUAUCCUUUUUAACUUGCUUAUGCCAUCCUUAUAUUUCAUUUUCCUGUUACAUAUCUGUAGAAGAGUGGGUUUUUCCCUUGCAUUUUCUUACUAUGUCACUUUUAAAGUUUCUUCUCAUCUUACUAUACUAUAUUCAUUCUUUUCCUUUCUAUAUUCUUCUCUAGCAUUUCUGUUCAGUUGUCUCAUCAUUUUCUUCCAUGGCCUGUCCUUUUUUCUUUUUUGCUUCUACACACCUGACAUUAUACUAUUCAUGUUUCCCAAUCUUUCACCUUAUAACUUGGCACAAACUGUUGCACCCCCUCGCUAUACUUGCUAAAAAAUAUCUCAUAUUUUUCUUGCACUACUUUACCUUCAAAUAGUUGUUUCCAGUUAAUUUUUCCAAAAAAAUUAUUAAGUUCUGUAAGGUUUGCCUUAGCAUAAUUCUGUCUCCCAUUUCUGCAUUGUUCUUUCCUGAGCAACACUUUUCCUCCUUUGGUACUACUUCUAUCAUCACAUGAUCACUUCUUACCAUUGGACUCAGACAAUGUAUACUUGGCCUGCUUUCUGUGUUUUUUGUAAACACUAAGUCCAACUGUGAUAGUUCUUCUCUGCAUCUUGUAGGCUCAUUUACCUAUUGUCUCAGAGUAUUCACCAUCAUGGUUUGCAUAAGAUCUUCGCUCCAUGACUCAACACUUUUCUUCCACUUUCAUCUCCUCCCAGUUAAUUCCUUUAGUGUUGAAGUUGCUACUAAGAGCACUUUGUCACUUUUUCUUGUCAUUUCCUCUAUGUUAUUUUUUGUUUCUAGUUGCAUACUUUUAAAUUUAUUGGUCUCCCAUGCAUUAGUUUUUGGUGGUGUCACACUGAUUUUCCUUUUUUCACUUCCUUUGAUUUAAUCACAAUACUCAGUGUUUCCAUCAUUCCAUCACCAUAUUCCACUUCCUUAACAACAAUAACCUCCUUUACCAAUAUCAUCACUCCUCCUCCUCCCUUUCCUUUUGUGUCUCUCCUCCAUGUGCUAUAUCCUUCCUUGCAAAUCCCAACUUUAUUUCCUCCUUUAGUUUGGUUUCUGUCAAACAUACCACAUCUGCUUUAUUGUUCUUUAAGUUCCAUUAUUGUUCUUUUAAGUUCCAAUAGGCUUGACACCAAACCAUCUACAUUAGUAUGCAUAAUCAUUAAACUUCUGCUUGGUGAUCUUAUGUGGCCUCUUUGUGCUAUCAUUUCCUUAUUUUCAUGUCCACAACUUUCUGGGUGAAUCUUGUUGCUUGUUCCUGUGUUCUCUCAUUUUUUUAUGGGCUUCUCUCAAUUCAGUUUACUUGUCUCUUCUUUGUUCAUGUCUCUUUUUAUCCAUAUUUCCUCCAUUCCUUCUACUUUUGCCAAUUUUCCUGUUCUUUGCAAGAGGUUCUGCUGCUGUUUGUGACAUAAAUCUUAUUUUCAUUGGUCUUAUUCCAUUUUUUUUGUACUUUCCAAUCCUGUAAACCUCUUUAAUUUGUUUAUCCCCCCUCUUUUCUCCACCACUUCUGUUAUAAUUUCCUUAGCCCUUUUCACUUCUUUCUCAUUAGCUAUUUUCACAGAUAGGUUCUUCUCCUUAACCCAAAAUUCCACCACACACAUCUAUCUCUGUACCAUGCCUCUCACAAGAUUACUUUUUUCUUUUAUUAUUUUAAUCACUUGCUUUUCCAUAUCCUUCUUGUGUUCCUGUUGUUGUUACCUUAUUAUCUCUCUCUUAUUGUUCUCUCUCUUCUUUCCAACUUUUGGCUUUCUCUGUCACUAACUCUCACUUCUCCAACCAUAUCCUCUCUCUCUAGCAAAAUUUUCUUUAACUUUUCGUUCUUUUCCUUGAGUUUCUUAAUUUUUUCACAGUAAUUCUUGUUUAAGUCCAGUGUUUUAGUCACUUCUUCUCUCAGUUCUUUGUUUUCUUUUUCUCUUUCCAUCUCUCUCUUUUUCAUCUCUAUUAUAUCACUGGAUAUCUUUUUAACAUUGUCACCACCCACUUCUCUUUUUUCUUUCCACGCCUUUAUCAUCACUGUUAAGCUACAUAUUACUUCUCGUAUUUUCACAUUUUCUUCUUUAAUUUUCCACAUUCGUUUAUUUGUGUGAGCUACACUGAGUUCCUCUUCCUUGAAGCCCUCAGAAAUAUUUGGGUUCAUGUCAGUUGUCAUCUUCCCUGUUGAUAACACUGACCACCAGUAUUUACUGUGUGUGUGUGUGUGUGUGUGUGUGUGUGUGUGUGUGUGUGUGUGUGUGUGUGUUUACCUAGUUGUGGUUUAUGGGAGGGGAGUAAUUUCAUAGUAUCCCGUCUCCAUAUCUAUUCAGUUUGGUCUUAAAAGCAUGGAUAGUUACAGCACUGACAACGUCUUCACUGAGUUCAUUCCAUUUGUUCACACUUCUGUGAGAAAAACUAUACUAUUUGAUGUCUCUUCUACAGUUUACUUUCUUGAACCUCUUACUGUGUCCCCUUUUACUCUGUGUAUCUAAAGUUAUAAAACAUUCUUUGUCCACAUUUUCCAUACCAUUUAUAAUUCUAUAGAUGUUUAUUAAAUCCCCUCUCUCUCUCCUAUUUUCAAGGGUAGGAAUUUCCAACAUUCUUAGUCUCUCUUCAUAGGUUGACUUACUCAACUCCAGAACCAUCUAGUGACUGCUCUUUGUACUCUUUCUAAUUUUAUAAUAUUCCUCUUUAUAUGAGGAGACCACACCACUUCCGCAUAUUCCAAUAUUGGUCUUAUCAUGGAAAUCAACAACUUUUUUAUCAUUCUUUCAUCUAAAUAUGAGAAUGACAUUCUUAUUCUUUUUAACAAAUUCAUUGUCUCCAGUAAUUUUAUCAAUGUGUCUGUCUGGAGUCAAAUUUUCAGUAACUGUUACUCCCAAAUCCAUUUCCUCUUUUGAUUUCUGUAACUUCACACCAUCCAUCUCAUAAUGAUAUUGUAUUCUUUUCUUACUCUUACCAAACUCCAUUACUUUACAUUUACUUAAAUUGAAUUCCAUCUGCCAAGAUUUACUCCAUUAUUUAAAUAAUCUUGCAGUAUCAUACAGUCAUUUACAUUUUCUACCCUUCUCAUCAGCUUAGCAUCAUCUGCAAAUAAGUUCAUAUAACUGUCUAUUUCUUCAUUUAUGUCAUUCACAUAUAUUACAAACAUUAUCAGUCCCAACACUGACCCCUGUGGGACACCACCAGUUACUUUCAGCCAAGAUGGAUUCUGGUCUUGUAUUACUGUUCUCAUCUCUCUAUCAUCCACAUAAUCCUCCAUCCACUCCAGCAGUCUUCCUCCAAUUUUUCCAUAUUUUUUUUAUCUUCCAUAGCAAUCUUUGGUGUGGUACUUUGUCAAAUGCUUUCUUCAAGUCUAAGUAGACACCAUCCACCCAUCCGUCUCUCUCUCUUGCACAAUAUCUACUACUCUUGAAUAAAAGGACAAUAAGUUCAUGGACCAUGAUCUAACCCGUCCUAAAUCCAAAUUGACAAUUUACCAAAACUUUAUCUCUUUCCAAGUGUUCCAUCCAUCUUUCCUUUAUUGUUCUUUCUCAUAGUGUGUGUGUGUGUGUGUGUGUGUGUGUGUGUGUGUGUGUGUGUGUGUGUGUGUGUGUGUGUGUGUUCUAAAUCAUAAAAUAGGAAUUAAAAUUUUCAGAAUUUGUCACCUCAUUUGCAAAAAAAAUAGAUUGAAAUUACAAGAUAAUGCCAUGAUCAAGGAACUAAGGAACUUUUACCAUAUAUUGAACAAAAAUGUAAUUGGUGUGAAGUGGUAUGCAUUUUCACAUACUGCUCUUUCCAAGUAAAUCAUCAUUGCCCAUGAUCUAUCUUAUAAUCACAGAUCACACAUUUUGUGAAACCUAUGGAUAGGAAGUAAUAGACUAAAGAUGACAAAUUAAUGUGGUACUCUUAAAAUCUUAUAAACAUGUUUGCAAUGCAGAAAGGCUUAUGAGAGUAGAAUAUUUGGAUUCUCAGGUGGUAAACAAAAGAUGGGGAUUUCAGGUUUUAAAAAGGAAUUUAUGAAUUAUAUCAUUUGAAGGAUACAUAUAGUUCUCUGAAACUUACUGUACUUUUUUUUUUCAACUUAAAGCAAUGUACAAAAAAGAUGAAAGAAUUUGGGAUUAUCAGUAGUUGAGAAACUUAUGGAAAUGAUAUUUCUUAUCUUGAAAAAAAUAUGUAGCAAAUAAAUGAAGCUCUUUACUUUGUGUAAGUGAAAUCAAUAAGUUAUAUUUAUGUACAUUUUGUUUUCAGACAUCUGAUUUCAAUUAACUUAAAUCCUGCAAUGAAUUAGAAAGGCAAGCUUUUCAUGAUGAAACAUGUAUUUUUUUUUUUU